GGGAGAGAUGGGCCUUUCAAGGAGAAGUUUUCUAAUGACAUAAGGUUUGCAAGAAUGGCAAAGGUGGAGGAGGAGACCCCCAGAUCUGACUUCCUGCCCCCUCAGGGUGAGGUAAGCAGCCCCAUGCCAUCUCAGGACUCAGGAGGAAUGCUGAGGGUGAUCCAGUCAAUGGAGUCUCCAAUGAGGGGGAAUCAGCUGGUGUUUGAUGGUGAGGACAUCCCUGAUAACAGGAUAACAGGCCUGAUAAGGUAAAGCCUAUCAAGCCCCAAACUGUGGAUAAGACUGUCUUUGUACCAUUUAAUGCAGCAACAAAUCUGACACCCAGCCUGGUGACCCCAUGCCCAGCAAUGCUUUGAUGGUGUUAUAAGUCAGCAAAAUGUGUAUUUAAUAAAGUUAUAU